AUGAACAAUACCGACAGCAACAGCGAUACCGAGUCUGGCGCCGUUGAGGUGGCCGUUCAGCUGUCACGGUUCCACAUGGAGACGAUUGAGGGCAGCGCCACCGGUGACGUCGACAUCCGUGGCCUCUGUUUAAGCUUUGGCGAUCGCAGGCUUCUCACUGACGCGCAUCUAUAUCUGCGGAGAGGCGUGCGUUACGGCCUUGUCGGUCGCAAUGGCACAGGCAAGAGCACCUUGCUCAAAGCCUGUGCGAACAAAUCCAUCCCAGGCAUGCCCCGAGACAUGAAGGUAAUCGCACGUAAAGUCAUGUACGUCCAGCAAGAAAACGUGCCGGGGGACCAGCGUUCCGCCCAGCAGACCGUCCUAGAUGCCGCCAGCCCCCGGGGGGGGCUGAUGGCGCAGAUCGCCGAGCUGGAGGAGGCCCUGGGGGGGGAGGGGGAGGGGGAGCUGGAGGGAGCUGACGCGGGCGGCUGCGGCGAGGUUGUGGCUGCGGAGGCGGCUGCGGCGGCUGGGGUUGAGCAUAACGAGAAGCAGGAUGAGGACGAGGAAGAGAAGAAGAAGAGGCCGGAGGAGAGGCGGGCUCAGCGUUUGGUGGUGUGUGUACGGAGCAUACUGGCAGCCCGCGCAGAGGGGCAGGCAGUGGAGGCAGGCAAGAGCAAGCGGCAGCUAGACGGAGCCGGACUCGCGCUCACCCCCGAAAAGGCGGCCUCCCUGGCGCCUCAGCUGCUAGCGGACCUGUACGACAGCCUUGAUCUGCUGGGGGGCAGUGAGGAGGAGGAGCAGCGGGCCGCGGCGGAGGUGUUGUACGGACUUGGUUUCGAAGCGCAGCGGCUGCGUGGUGUGGCGACCAGGGAGAUGAGUGGCGGCUGGCGGAUGCGGGUAGGUGGGGGCCGGGGGGUUGAGGUAGCUCUUGCUUGCGCCCUCCUGGCCCAGCCGCAUCUGCUGCUGCUCGAUGAACCCACCAACCACCUGGACCUCGGGUCCAUACUUUGGCUGCAGGUGCUUGCGCGGGCGGGGGCGGGGGACUACCUGACCCGCCGCUGCCCGGGGCAGACGGUUGUGGUGGUUAGCCACGACAGGGCCUUUUUGAAUUGUGUGGCUCAGGAAACUGUUGUCCUGCGGGACGGCCAGUUACAGUACUUCCCAGGCACGUACGACAUGUACGUGCAGGCUCGCGCGGAGGCCUCUCUUCACAAGCAGCGCCAGGUGGCGGGUCAGGAACGGCACAAGGCCCUCCUAGUUGACACCAUUGCCAGGGCGGAAAGGGCUGCAAGGGAGGCGGGUGAUGACAAGCGGCUCCUUCAGGCCGCAAGUCGCCGCAAAAAGAUGGACCGGCUUGGCGCGGAGAAGACCGCGGACGGCAAGCGAUUCAAAGUGUCGUACUGGGCUGGCUGGCAUGAGACACUGCGGCCACAGGAGCCCGUCGUGAUUCAGUUCCCGCCACCCGAGCAGCUGCGGCAACGGGGGCCGCUGCUGCAGCUGCGUGACGUCACAGUGGCGUACGGCAGUACACUGGCGCACCCGAGUGGCGGAGCUGGAGAUGCAGCUGCUGCGCCAGCGGCGGCGGCGCCGCCGCCUGUAAAGCUGUCUGCCGCCGCCAAGCACCAGGUAACGGCGGCGCCGCCGCCACUGGCGGUGACGUCUACUCCAGGCGAGGUCGGCGGGCUGGAGAGCGCCGUCGCCCCCUGCGGCAGCGGCAGUGGCGCUGGCGCUGGCGCUGGCGCUGGUGUGGUGCUCAGCCACGUGGCUAUGGACGUGGAUCAGGGUGCUCGUAUCGGUUUGCUGGGUCUGAACGGGAGCGGCAAGUCCUCCCUGCUGCGGGUGCUGAGCGGCGUCCUGGCGCCUGUGUCCGGGGAGCUCAUCUACCCCUGCUCGGCGUCGCGCCUGUCGGUGGCGUGUCUAGACCAGCACAGCGGCAGGAAGCUGCUGGCCAUGGCGGCGACGACGAAUAAGGCUUGCGCGCCGCAUUUGAAGCCUCAGGAGGUGUACGACUACCUGGGCAAGUUUGCCGUACCGGGCCCUGUGGCGGCCAUGCCGUUGGCGGCUCUGAGCGGCGGUCAGCGGUGUCGAGUGGCUCUCGCUCUGGAGAUGCUGCCCAGGCCCCACGUGUUGCUCCUGGACGAGCCCACCAACCACCUGGACCUGAUGACGGUGGACGCCCUGACGGUGGCCGUGAGGGAGUGGGGAGGUGCUGUCGUCAUCGCCAGUCACGACCUGCAGUUCCUCAAGGGCACAUGCCGGGAAAUCUGGGUGGUGGAGGGGGGGCAGGGGAAUUGGACCCCUUUUGCAACACCCCUCUGUUUGACCCCUGGUCAGCGGUGUCGUGCGUCUCUCGCUCUGGAGAUACUGCCCAGGCCCCACGUGUUGCUCCUGGACGAGCCCACCAACCACCUGGACCUGAUCACGGUGGACGCCCUGACGGUGGCCCUGACCAACGGGGACCCUUAUAGCGGUCUGGCGUUCCUGGCUGCUUCCAACCUGGUUUCGGAGAGGGCAGCCGGGGCAGAUCUACGGGCCGCGGCGUUGCCCAGCACCAAGAGCGGUACAUUCGUCACGCCGCUGCAGGCAAGUGUGGGUAGUUGGGCUAUGGUUGGAGAGCCCAGGCCUGAUCAGCGACAGCUACUGCCUCUCCUCGGGAUGCCCCCUCCUAGUCGGCCAGGCGUAUACGGCGGUCGUGGAGGUAGCAGCCAAGUCCCAGACCGGCGGAUCGGACGAUGCGUUGGGGGCGGUUCCCUGGGACCCCACGGGCAAUUGGGCCGGCUGCUCCCUGAGCUAUGGAGGGAAGGAAGGGGACCUGUACCCCGUGGCCAGGACCAGAACCAGCAAAUCGACAUUGCCAAGCUGGACCGCGCAUACAACAUCGCCGUGGCGGCGCUGGUGCUAGGCCUCGUUUUGUCGGUGCUGGCGCUGGCUCUAGUGCUGUACGUAGUUUCCUUGGUGCGCGGCGGCCGUGGUGGCGGCGGCGGCGGCGGCUGUCUCAGCCCAGGCCUUGGUGAUCCGCUUCGUGGUAGUGCGCCCUCAAUUACAAUGUCCGAUUCUGACAGCGAGACUUCGGUCAGCUACAACACGAUGUACACCGAACUAAAAGCGCGACUAGUCGCACUUAAGGAAAAUAAAGAUGUCAAGGCUGCGCAGGAGCGUCGCGCCGCUGACCCGGGCGUAAUUUUGAACAAGCAGCAGCUGGCUGCCAUGGACCAGCUGAACGCCGUGAAGCUGCAGCUGACAACCAUUAAGAAGCUUAUGGACACGAAGCCUGACGUGCAGGCGGUCGACGGUCCACCGGCGAAGCGGGCCCGUGUCGCCCUUGAGGAUUUCAAAUGUGACUUCGGCGCCAGCGAGGGCAAAGCGAACAAGUCUCUCAGCGGACAGCGCGUGCAUACCGAGAAAUGCUACAAUGCGGUAAUGGACAUUGAGGACGCGUGGCGCAACGUCCUCGCGGCUCGGCCCGGCGAGGAACGCUUCAGGAACAUCGAGGCCAUGGAGAUUGCCAUCACCGACGGCAAGGCCGUGUUCCGGGGGGUCGCGAAGGAGCUGGUCGUUGCAUACAACCACGGCUGGGAGGUCGUGCAUGAGAUGCGUGGCAUGGCGUACGCGGAGACGGAGGAGGAGCGCAAGGCGCUGAAGCAGGCCGUGAAGGCGGUGGCGGGCAAGAAGCCCAAGCAGGCCAAACCCGCGAGCGUGCCGGCCGAUGGCGGCGGCUGGUCAACAGCCUCCUGCCAACGUUGUUGA